AUGAAAGUACUUGGCGUCGAUUAAAAUCCAACUAGCUGCUAUAACAUGACUGCUUCAAAUGGAUAUACUAGAAGAUAUCAUCCGACACAGGGUGCUGAUUUGGAAACUGCUCUUAAAAUGUGGGAUUAGCUAAGCGAAAAAACAGGCGUAAAGCUUUAUGAGAGACAGAAAAUGUCAUAUAUAUUGGAGGAAAUUAGAGGAGAAUAUUUGAAGUCUAUUGCUAAAGAGAUUUCUAUUUCAGAUUUCAAAGCAUAAUACACUAAAUUUAAUGCUGCUGAUAGUCUGAAAUGCCUAAUGAAUGAAGAGAGUGCAGGAAUAUUCUACUGUGAAUCAAUAAAGGACUCGCUGAUGAAUUUUUCAAUAAGCCAAGGAUCAGAAUUGAUAUACAAUUAGAGUGCUAGAGUUUUAAACAAGAACCAAGUUGAGCUUUCAGAUGGCUAAGUGCUUGAUUCAAAAGCAAUAGUUUUAUGCACCAAUGGAGAAGGCUACUAUGAUAAAUUUAAUCUCUAACCUGCUGAAUUGAAGUCUGCUAUUAUAGAUCUGGACUCAUCUGCCCUUCCUGAGCUAUACACUGACAUGACCAAAGAUGGAUUUGGAUUUUAUGGAUAGGUAACUGGGGACGGUUUGAAGUCUUACGUAAUUGGAAUGACAGAUUUUAAAACAGAUGAUUAAAUCUAGGAAUAUUUAGAUAUGAGGAUUCCUGGGGCAAAGAUACGAGAGAUACAUUUUUAUAUUGAUUUGAGAAGGGACAACAAAUUAGUGACAGUCUGUGAGAAAGGCAAGGAUGAUGGACUAUAUUAUUUGUUUAGCCCUCCCUAUAGACUGGCUCCACUAUAUGCUCUUGAAAUUCUCAAUAUUAUUGAAAAGGACAAAUAACUUAAUAAAUUAUGA